UCAUUUCCACUCUUUCACUAUUCUCCAAUCUUCUUCGAGCGAGCGUGCGAGCGAGUGUGCGAGUGUGCGUGUGUGAUGGCUAUGUUGUCUUUGACUAAUCAGCCAUGCGGGGUCAGGUUCAGUCCGACGGACGAGGAACUCGUCCAACUGUACUUGAGGCCAAAGAUCAGUGGGAAUGAUGAAGAAGUUGGCUUCAUUCGCGAAGUUAAUUUCUUCAAACGGGAGCCCCGGGAGUUGCCUGAUUUCUCCGGCAUAGAGACAAUUACAAAGGAUCAAGAGUGGUUCUUCUUCUCGCAACAUGAUCUGAAGCACCGGAAUGGGAAUCGGUUGAACAGGAAGACCGAUGCUGGGUACUGGAAAGUAACUGGUACGGAUCUCGAAAUCUGGUCCGUUGGCGGAGAGAGCUUGAUCGGAAAGAAAAAGAUACUGGUUUUCUAUGAGGGGCUUUCUCCAAACAGCAAGAUAACUGAUUGGGUCUUGCAUGAGUACCACGCAACCCCGACGGAGCUUCAGGGCACUAACCCCGCUCAGGUUAGGUUUCUAUCUCCUCUUUUGUGUUAGAAUAUAUGGAAAAUAUAUUUUCAAGAGGAAAAAAAAAA